AUGCUUACAGGUUUGGCCGGUAUUCUUCGUGGCGCCGGCCUCAACGUGGUCGAAGUUGCCGGCUGGAAGACUCGUGGUCAUGGUGUAAUGGCUUCUGUGAAAGGUAUCGUCGUCCAUCACACGGCUGGUCCAAAGACAGGCGAUUAUCCCUCGUUAGCGGUCGUUCGGGAUGGUACCUCAAGCCUUGCCGGGCCACUUGCACAGCUUGGACUCGGGCGUUCAGGAACUUGGUUUGUUAUUGCAGCAGGUCGUUGUUAUCAUGCUGGCAGUACUAUUAAUGACUCAAUCUAUGGAAACUCUAAUGCAAUUGGUAUCGAAGCCGAAGGGGUUGGUUUGCCAGCUACCGAAAGUGGACAUGCACACUGGCCCGAAGCCCAGUACCAGAGCUAUGUCAAAGGUGUUAAAGCUCUCCAGAAAGCAUACCGAGUACCAACUGCUCGUGUAUUAGGACACAAAGAGGCAGCAGUACCUAAAGGUCGCAAGAUUGAUCCAAACUUUUCUAUGGCUGAGUUUCGUGCUAAGCUCGGUUGA